GUGGGUUUUGGAGCUUGGCUGCAGUGUGGUGUAACUGUCUCCAACUUAUGCACUCACCUUUCACAGGUACACACAGAAGGCAGAGAUGAAGAACUUGUUCCUUCUGCUCAUGCUAGCAGUGAUGCCACUUUCUGCAUUUUCAGGCCACCGGAUGAAGCGGCAGGCUGGUGUCUGGGGGAGCUGGGGCGAGUGGAGCGAGUGCAGCCGGAGCUGUGGUGGUGGAGUCAGCUUUCGGCAGCGGCGCUGCUAUUCCCAGAGAACAGAAGAUCCUACCAGUUGUGUUGGACCAAGUCGAAGCUAUCGGUCGUGCAACACUCAGAGCUGCCCAGAAGGCUCCCGGGAUUUCCGGGCAGAGCAAUGUGCAGAGUUUGAUGGGACAGAAUUCCAAGGAAAGAAAUACAAGUGGCUUCCAUAUUAUGGAGCGCCCAAUAAGUGUGAGUUAAACUGUAUUCCCAAGGGAGAAAACUUCUACUACAGGCACAAGGAAGCAGUGAUAGAUGGGACUACUUGUGAGCCUGGCAAGAGGGACAUCUGUGUAGAUGGAGCUUGUCAGGCUGUUGGCUGUGAUAACAUGCUGGAAUCUGCCAAGAAGGAGGACAAGUGCCUGCAGUGUGGAGGAGAUGGCAGCACCUGCUAUGGUGUGAAGGGCACUUUUGAUGUGCCCAGUCUCCCCAAAGGUUACAAUCAAAUUUUCAUCAUCCCAGUGGGAGCCACCAGCAUCCGAAUUGAGGAAGUUAUGCCCAGCAGGAAUUUUCUGGCUGUUAAGAACGUGCAAGGGGAGUAUUAUCUGAACGGGCACUGGACGAUUGACUUCAGCAGAGCACUUCAUGUAGCCAGCACAGUUAUGCACUAUGAUCGUGGCUCGGAGGGUGAUCUGGCCCCAGAGCUCCUCCAUGCCCGGGGUCCCACCACUGAACCGCUCGUCAUUGAGCUCAUCAGCCAGGAGCCAAACCCGGGGGUACAGUAUGAGUACUACCUGCCUGUGCAAGGACAGACCUCAGGUUACAGCUGGAGCUAUGGUUCCUGGAGUGAGUGCAGCUCUGAGUGUGGAGGAGGUUUCCAAUCCCGCUUGGUGUUUUGUACCAUAGACAAUGAAAUUUAUCCAAACUAUAUGUGCAGGAAUAAGCCACAACCAAACAAUACCCGGACGUGUGGCCGUCAGCCUUGUCCCCAGACAAAACGGACUUCUUACAUCUAUCUGCCACAAGCCUGGAACCACAGUGGAGCCUGGAGCUCUCAGAUGAAGAGGUGGAAGACGGGAGAGUGGGGACCCUGCUCAGCUACCUGUGGCAGGGGCACCCAGACCCGCUCCGUUUACUGUGUGGCAUUUGACGGGCAGAGCCCCCAGGGGGUGGCGGACGCGGCGGAGUGUGUGGCCUUCGCUCGGCAGCCUCGCAGCAGCCAGCCCUGCAACGUGAGGCCCUGUGCCACCUGGAGCACGGGGCCCUGGUCCGAGUGCUCAGCAAGCUGUGGGGAAGGGGUCCAGACCCGGACUGUCACCUGCAGAACGCAGCAGGGCUCUCAGGCUCAGGACUUUGCUUGCCUGAUGGAGCCAAAGCCAUCAGCCACUCAGCCCUGCCUUAAGGAGAACUGCAUCCAGGAAAUUGGCUGGCACGUUGGAGACUGGGGCCUGUGUUCGAAGAGCUGCAAUUCAGGCAUCCGAACACGCCAAGUGAUCUGCGCUGACGGAGACUCCAAAUUCUACAGUCCUGAGACAUGCAAAGCCAUCCAGCCACAGAAACCAGCCACCCUGGGUAGCUGCAACAUGCAACCCUGCUACCUGCCACAGCAGGUUCCCAGUAUGCAGGACACAAUGGGAUAUGAUGCCACGCGCCAGUCCUUGCUGACGCGUUACAACCCAAGCAGCCCUGCCACAGAUUCUGGUGAUGGAAGGAUGCUCCCUAGUACUGCUGGGAAUCACCAACUCCCAUCCACCAAGGACCAUGGCAUCAACUUGUUGCCUGUUCGCUGGGAAACCUGGUCACGCUCAUCGGGUUCCCAUCAGCUCAGCUUCUCUCAGAACCCCACUGCAGGGACUGGCUUUCAGGACUGUCAUCAGAGCCCACAUGGCUGCUGUCCAGAUGGGCACACUCCAGCUUCAGGCCCUUUGGGGAGAGGUUGCUCCUUCAGCACUUGUCACCGAAACAGGUAUGGAUGCUGUCCUGAUGGAGUAUCAGCUGCCCAGGGUCCAAACAACAUGGGAUGCCCACAAUAUCACCGUGAUGUUCAAGGACGCAGAAAUCAGCCCACUGUGCCUGCUCCCACAGCAAGCCAAGCCCUGUCACAGCAGCACCCCCCGGGCGAGUGCCGUGGUUCCAUGUACGGCUGCUGUUUUGACCAGGUCACUUCAGCUUCGGGUCCUCAAGGGGAAGGAUGUCUCAAUAGGCCCAACUACCCAUAUCCUGUCACAUGCCUGCUGCCCAGUGCUCAUGGCCCCUGCACAAACUGGACCACUCGCUGGUACUUCGUGACUGUCGUUGGCAAGUGCAACCGGUUUUGGUAUGGGGGCUGUCAUGGCAAUAAAAACAGCUUUGCCUCAGAGGCGGAGUGCAUGAGAGUGUGCCACAACUCUGGGGGGGACGGUCCCCAGGAGCACCAGCCCUCUUCUGGCACAGGAGCCCUGCAGCACCAGCAGGCUGGCUCCCGCCCUCCUCUGUGGGAGGCUUGGGGUCAGCAGCAGUCACCCCCAAGGGAGUCUGCAAGUCAAGAAAGAAAAGCUUAUGAGGCUUCACACCUCACGCAAGACAGCCACAGACAGGACAGCUGGAGAAGUGGGGUGCUGCCAGAGUCUUUGCCAAGGACUGGUGUGCUGGAGAGCCAGCACUGGAACACCCAGCAAAGCAGACUGGACAGCAUGAGCCAGCUGCCCUUGUGGGAAACAGCAGUGCCCGGGCCCCUGGAGAGGCAGAGCAGCAGUGCCCAGCAGGUGCUGCCCCGUGAAGGCAAGCAGUGGCAUAAGGCUUUCGGAGUGGAUGUUUCCAGGACAGAGGGAUUUGGGCACCAGGCGUCCGCAGACUUGUUCCCAGCACAAGCUCUGCACAGAGCCUUCCUGGAGGAAGCCAAGCCCUCUCUUGUGACCGCGGUUGUGGGACAAAACAUCCAGCUUAUCUGCAAGACAGGCAUGUCCGCCUUCUCCAGAGUGGAGUGGCUGAAGGACAGCCGACCAGUCUCCUCUGACAGGCACACCUACCAGUCCGACAGUUCCUUAGUGAUCAGCCAUGUCAAGCCAGAGGAUGCCGGGACCUACACAUGCCUCAUUUCUGACGGGAGGACAGAGAGCCGACAGAUUCAGUUACGGAUCAUAGACUACCCAAGCGCUCUUCUGGCAGAGGCUGAGAGAGGUCGGGUCCCUCCCAAGGGAAAUGAGCAGCAUCAAGAGCUUUCCAGAGGCAGGAAGGUUGUACAAACAGCCGGUUCCUCUGCGCAUCAGCAGUUCACGUACAGAUUGAGAAUGGAUAAGAGUGAGCCCUCAGUAGUGGAGGCCAGUGUCGGGGAGAGAGUCAGACUGCCCUGCACUGUGGAAGCAUCGCCCGCUCUCACCAUUGAGUGGAAGAAAGAUGGGCAGCCCCUCUCCUCUCCCAGACACAGGCAGCAGCCAGAUGGGGCCCUGGUGAUCAGCCGGGUCAGCUCUGAAGACAUUGGCUUCUUCACCUGCAUCGCCUCAAAUGGACGUGACCAGGACCAGCGCCAGGUCCUGUUCCGACCUCUAGGAGAGCUGAGGAUCACUGGGCUUCUGCCAAGUGUCACGGUACCUGAAGGAGGGACUGCUCAGCUUCAUUGUAGAGUGACUGGCAACAAUGUGAAUAUAAGGUGGUCAAGGAACGGAGUCCCCAUGCGGGCAGAUGGCCACCACAUUCAGCUGUCCCAGGAUGGGAGCCUGAUCAUAAGUAACGUUCAAGAGGCUGACGAGGGAUCCUACACUUGCAGUGCCUACAGCAGCAGCAACUCUGUCAGUGCCAACACAGAGGUGAAAGUGCUGAGGAGCAGCCCUAGCACUACCGCGAAUCACGUUGUGGACCUGAGCAGAGAGUGCGUGGACCAACCACACCUGGCCAACUGUGACCUGAUCCUGCAGGCCCAGCUCUGUGGCAAUGAGUACUACUUCAGCUUCUGCUGUGCCAGCUGCUCUCGCUACCAGCCGCGGGCUGGCCCUCCUCGCCACCGGGGGUGAGGGACACCUCCAUGGCCACACCAAAGGACACGUGACGGAUUGCAAGACUGGAAGGCUGAGCUCUGUCCUUUUACUGUGUGAAACGGUUUACUGGGAGCUUUGCCCUGCUGGAAAGCUCAAAAGGAUGAAUUGAACAGGAGGUAGUGGGUGUAACUGAAGGUGGGAGACCCACUACCCUCAAGUUUAUUGCAAACUUAUUUUCCACCCCCCUUGCUGUACCUAAUCCAUCUCUUCGCUUAAGCGUAGUUGCUGCCAUUCACAGAACAAGCUGGCGCAGGGAUGCGGUGACUCUAGAGACUGUACAUAACCAGCAUGAUAGAGGGAGAGACUAAUUUUUCUUACAAAUGCAAGAAAGAAGUGCUCUUAUAAAAAAAAAAAUCACCUCUGAGGUGUUUGAAGAUGGGUCUGAACUGUCUUAACCAAAGCACUACAAAGCAAUGAACACUUAUAAUCCUGGGCAGCACUUUCCAUCUGAAUGUGAAGGAGAAACAGCUUGAUGCAUAUAAAAAUAGUGUUCUGGUCUUGUGAGAUUACUAGGUGGAGAGAUGCAGCUGUAGUGUCAUGUUACUGUAGCUGUUUUAUUCCCGUAGAUGAUAGACAAAUUUCUAGUUGGGUCAGUUUGGUUUCUACUUGACUGCAAUCAGCUUUGGAGUGACAUGCUGAAGCAAUGUUUCACAGAAAGCUUUGGAAGACAUAAAAUACUUUCAGCUCUUCCUCAGUGUUAGGGAUAACUUAGAUGAAUAUACCAACACUGUUACCUGUUCUGAGGUGCUGCAGUUUACAUAGCCCUUGCUUUAGGAAGGCUCAGAUUUUGGUUUUUUUUCUGGUCUAGAACUGUGCUGUUCAAUUUAUUGAAAAGCUGGGGUUGGUAGCAGCGCUGUGCUAAUUUUCAGCUUGGGGAGGUGAAUAAUAUACACAUAGAAAUAUGCUUCGGGGCAUUUGACUUGCCAGAAUAAACCUCCCAGUGACCUGCUCUGAGUCCAGGAGAGCCUGGCUCUGCAUGUGGCCUGUGGCUGCUGUGGACUGACAAGUGAAGGCUGCCAGAGGCAGAGCAGCUACAGCUGAAAUGCCUCCUUCAUUUCAAAACUAAGAGUGGCAGUGAGCAUGCAUGUGAGGCUCUGAAGAAAGAAUGUCUCGGGCAUUAAGGGGCAUGUGUGGAGAGGUGAGGUUUUAUUCUGAGUUGUUAAACCAGGAAAGGCCCUUGGGUGUCUUCAGCAUCUCGAAAUGGAACUAUUUCUGAGCAAAAGCAUUUUUUUAUAGCUGCCAUAGUAUUAUUUUACUCUAGCAUCAGUCCUAACAGUCACCCUCUUCCUCAUUCCAAACUCUCUGCCAAGACUUGGAUGCAUUAAUUGUAUUAAUUAGCACCAUCACCCAUUUAUUAUUUACGUAGAUGUAGCUAUACACUAGUAGACUGGAAUGUAGUGUUGAUGUUUUGUUUGGGAGGUAUGGAGGUUUGGCUUUUUUUUUUUCCUUCUUAUUUUUCUCCCACUUUUAUUACUUUAAGGCUUCUAAGGUAGGCAGCUAAUUCAGGACUGUGCUCAUAUCACUCUCCUUCAGUCCAGACUUGGUACUCAGGGCAGCAGUAAUAGGGGUAAAUCCUCAGGCUUGACAGCCUAAACCUGAUUUGGACUGUAAAUCCAGUAAAUCAAUUCAGCUGCAUCUAAAAAUAAGACUUGCUAACCUAAUGGUUGCACUCUGUCUAGCACAAGUAUGGCUUCAGGAUGCUUUAAGAUGUGAACAAACUGAAAGUCUAGCAACAGCCCAGUAAAGGAGUGAGAGGUG